AUGGCGUACUACGUGCUGGAGUGCGGCGGGCCCGGGCUGCCGCUGGCCGGCGUGCACUCGGCCGCCACGCACCGCCUCCAGCGCAUUCUCUUCAACACGCGGCCGCUGCGCAGUGCGCGCCUCCGCGAGCUCGCCCUGCCCACGCAGCGCAGCUUCGAGGUGCCGCUGGCGCAGGGCUGGAGCGCGCACGUGCAGCUGCAGCUGCCGCCCAGCUGGCGGGAGGAGCUGCGCGACGCCGCCUUCCCGGUGCUCGUCGAGGUUGAUCGUAAAUCUUUAUUACGUAGAGAGUUGCGGAGAUGUUCAUCAUUCAUCUUUGACAACCUGUGUUUCUGUAGAACAGUGUACGGUUUCGCACAACCUUCAGGAAACCGGAAUCUUCAAGAGCGCUUUGUUGAACGCGCGCUCGACAGCAACGGGCGGCCGGGCAGCCAGUCCGUCAGCGACAAGUUCGACAUCAACUGGGGCACCUACAUGUCCAGCCACAACGACGUCGUCUACAUCAAGCUGGACGUGCGCGGCGCGCGGGGCCAGUCGUCGCCCGCGCUCUACCGCCGGCUGGGCGGCGUCGAGGUCCAGGAUCAAAUUAGCGUCCUCAGGUACCUGCUGGACACGCUCAAGUUCCUAGACGAGACGCGAGUGGGCGUGUGGGGCUGGGGCUACGGCGGAUACGUCACCGCCAUGGUGAUGGGCUCGCAGCAGAACGUGUUCAAGUGCGGCAUCGCCGUUUCCCCCAUCUCCGACUGGCUCUACUACAACUCCGCCUUCACGGAGCGCAUCCUGGGCGCGCCGGGCGAGAACUUCAAGGGCUACGUGGAGGCCGACGCGACGCAGCGUGCGCGCCACGUGCCCAGCCACUCGCUCUACCUGCUGCACGGGCUGGCGGACGUGACGGCGCCCUACCAGCACGGCGUGGCGCUGGCGCGCGCGCUGGCCGACGCGGGAGUCAUCUUCCGCUACCAGAGUUACGCGGACGAGGGCCACCUGCUGCAGGGCGUUCUCGAGCACGUGUACCGCUCCAUGGAGGACUACCUGAAGGAGUGCCUUAGCCUGGACGAGGAGCAGUCGUGA